AUGGCCAUAGUUUUGCCGCAAGGCAGAUUCAAUAACUCAACAGAUGAGGAGAUUCGUAAAUUUAUUGCUGCUAGAGCAAGAAUUAUUGCGGUCGUAGGUUUACAUCCUAAUACUUUUAAACCUCACACUGGAACUAAGACAAGCAUCUUGUUUUUGCAGAAAUGGAAUGAUAAUCCCAAGACUGGGGAGUUAUGCCCUAAAUUAGAAGAUUAUCCGAUUUUUUUCGCUGUAUCCGAAAAAGGAGGGAAAGAUAAUUCCGGAAAAUACAUUUAUGUGAAAGAUGAAUUGGGUAAGCCGAAAAUAGACGGUAAUGGACAUUUAAUUAUUGAUAAUGACUUGUAUAACCAUGCUCUAAAUGAUAGUAAUGAUUCAAAAGAACUUCCAGAUGGGGUUGCCGAAAAGUUUAUAAAUAACUUAGAAAGGACAUUCAGAAUAGAUGCCGAUUUCUAUAAACCAGAUGUAAUUGAAUUUUUAAGUUUGCUUAGUAAAAAGAACGCACAAUCUUUAACUAAUUAUGUUAAAGUGAGUGAUGGUAAUCAUUCAAAAAUAACUGAAUAUUUGCAAGACUAUCCAGGUGUUCCUUAUUAUAGAGGAAAAGAUAUAAAUACUGACUUUUUCAUUGAAAAUGCCAGACCUGCCUAUAUAUCAGAAUCAAAAUACAAUCAAAAGCAGAUGAUUAGAUCCCAUUUUUUAUCCGGAGAUGUUCUGCUUUCGAUAAAAGGAACUAUUGGUAAUUUGUCAUUCAUAACAGACAUUUUAAAAAAAAGUACUGGGAGUCGUAGCAUUGCUGCUUUAAGGCCUAUAUCAGAAAUUUCGUCCGAGUAUAUAGCGGCAUUUUUAAGGUCAAAAUACGGUCAGGUUCAGUUAAAAAGAAUAACCAGAGGCACGAUUCAAAUGGAGAUUAUUUUAGAAGACUUUGACCAAAUACAAUUAUAUCCUUUGGGUGCUGCGUAUGUAGGAAAGGCUAAUUUAUAUAAUACACCAAUAAGAGCAAUUUGUGGAAGUUCCUUAACACUUAUGCGCCCAAUAGAAAACUUAAUAAAUCCUUAUUAUUUGUUGGUGUUUCUCAACUCUUCAAUUGGGAAAUUAUUAACAAGGAGAAGUUUAAGAGGGUCAGUGCAACAGUGCAUUUACCCUUUUGAUACAAAGAAAGUACCAAUUCCCCUACUAGAGAAAUCAAUUCAAGAACAAAUCGAAAUUGCUAUUCGUGAAGGAGAAGAGUCUUUUAACAAAUCUUUAGAGUUAUUAAAAAUUGCUAAAAAGGCUGUAGAAAUAGCGAUAGAAGUGAAUGAAGAAGCAGCGAAUGAUUUUAGGAGAAACAACUGGCCUGCUACCCUCUAUGUCGAAGCUCCUUAUCAACAGGUUCUUUCGCACGGCUUUGUGGUCGAUGAAAAAGGACACAAAAUGUCGAAAUCAUUGGGAAACGUUAUUGACCCCGAAGAUAUUACAGAACAAUUUGAAGGAUUAUUAAAAAUCAUUUCUCCAAUUUUGCCUUUCCUGGCCGAAGAGGUUUAUCAAAAUGUUCCCUUUUAUUUCGGCUUUGCAGGUCAAGAAAGUAUUCAAUUAGCAAAUUACUCUCUCAAUUUGCCUGUUUCGUCUGAUACCAAAGAGAAAUCAGAACUUAUUUCCGAUUUUUUUCUGCCACUCCGCCAAGAAAUUUAUCAAGCCUUAGAAAAG